GAAUGUAUAUUUAAUUAUAUUACAUUAGGGACGUCUCCACAAUUAUUAACCAAGAAAAAAUAACCAAAUCUUUGCUUAACAAGCGUGAGUUUUCACAAAUCCUUAUGAUAAUAAUUUUCAAGCUCUAACUAGCGAUAUUCUGAGUAAUUGAGAAGCAGAACCUUUUUCGUACUUAACGAAGAUCAUAAAUAGGUUGAGAAAUGUAAACGUUAUUGUUUUUUUUGUUUGUUUUUUUGUCCAGAAGAAAGGAAGCUCCCCGUUUACUUGUAUUUGUUUACAGAGAGCAGCAGUCUUGCCCAGCAGCCCAGACCGACGUCGGACUCGUUGACGUAUCGCUGUGCGUAACAUCACUAGUUUUUAGUUGUCGUGUAAACGUACCCUUAAACACGGAACCAGGAAACUACUACAGGAAACCAGUACAGGCGACCGAAACGUUUAGCUGUUGUUAGCUUAUCUCUGUCUGUGAGCGCAUGCAAUAAAAUGGCAGAAUCCAGUGUUUCUUUGGCUCAGGAUCAGUUCAGCUGUUCAAUCUGUCUGGAUCUACUGAAGAAUCCAGUGACCAUUCCUUGUGGACACAGUUACUGUAUGAGCUGUAUUACAGACUGCUGGGAUCAGGAUGAUCAGAAGAAAGUCUACAGCUGUCCUCAGUGCAGACAGACCUUCAUUCCAAGACCUGUUUUAGGUAAAAACACCAUGCUGGCUGAAGUGGUGGAGAAACUCAAGAAGACAAAACUACAAGCUGCUCGUCCUGCUCGGUGUUACGCUGGAUCUGGAGAUGUGGAGUGUGACGUCUGUACUGGAGACAAAAACAAAGCCAUCAAGUCCUGUUUGCUGUGUCUGGAAUCUUACUGUCAGACCCAUUUUGAUCGUCACGAGGAAUUUCACUCUAGAAAGCGACACAAAAUGACUGAUGCCAUUGAAAGACUGCAGGAGAUGAUCUGCCCUCAACAUGACAGAUUGCUGGAAAUGUACUGUCGUACUGACCAGAUCUGUGUAUGCAUUCUAUGCAUGGCGAAUGAACACAAAACACAUGAUACCGUAUCACCUGCUGAAGGGAGGACAGAGAAACAGAAACACUUGGAAGAGACCCAGAGGAAAUACCAGCAGAUAAUCGAGGAGAGACAGAAGGAGCUUGAGGAUCUGAGAGAGGCUGUGGAGUCUCACAAGCGCUCUGCACAGGCAGCAGUGGAGGACAGUGAGAGGAUCUUUACUGAGCUGAUCCGCUCCAUUGAGAGAAGCCGCUCUGAGGUGACACAGCUGAUCAGAGACCAGGAAAAGGUUCUUAUAAGUCAAGCUGAUGGACUCUUGGAGCAACUGGAGCAGGAGAUUGAUGAUCUGAGGAGGAGAGAUGCUGAGCUGGAGCAGCUUUCACACACAGGUCACAUCCAUUUCCUCCAGAGUUUCCAGUCUCUCGCUGUCCCUCCUGGAUCUACAAACUUGUCCGGCAUCACUGUCAGUUCUUGUCUUUCUUUUGAUAAUUUAAGAACUUUUGUCUCUCAGUUGGAAGAUAAACUGCAGCAUGCUUUUAAAGAGGAGAAAGAAAACUUAUGUAGAAUAGUGAGAUACAUUGAGGUGAUUCCCACCCCUGAAUACAGGAGCAGGAAUGAGUUCCUACAAUAUUACCAGCGGUUCACCCUGGAUUCAGAUUCAGCUCAUAAAUACCUCAGGCUCUCUGAGUUGAACAGAGUGGUUACAACCAUGAAGAAGGUCCAGCGGCAUCCUGAUCAUCCAGUCAGAUUUACUCAUUUGUCUCAGGUGUUGUGUAGAGAGAGUGUGUGUGGACGCUGUUACUGGGAGGUUGAGUGGAGUGGUGUGGUGGAUAUAUCAGUGUCAUAUAAGAGCAUCAGCAGGAAGUGGUGGGGAGAUGAGUGUAGAUUUGGACAUAAUGAUCAGUCCUGGAGUUUGUCCUGCUCUGAGUCCAGUUGCUUAUUCUGUUACAAUUACAAACAGACUUCACUCCCUGUAGUCUCCAGCUCCUGUAGAAUAGGAGUGUAUGUGGAUCACAGUGCAGGAACUCUGUCCUUCUACAGCGUCUCUGACACAAUGACCCUCAUUCACAGAGUCCACACCACAUUCACUCAACCUCUCUAUCCUGGGUUUUGGGUUUACUAUAAUGCACAAGUGAAAUUGUGUGAUUCAGAAUGAUAGAUUACAGACCUUUUACACAUUCAGUGUUUUCCACUAUCGGGUCAAACAGUUCUGAACACUGUGAGGAUCGGUUCCUGUUGCAUCUCCACUUAUGCACGGUUCAGGAUUCCGAUCAGGAUUUCUCGGCACAUGCUCAGCUGCGCUGGUGAAAUGUCUGUAGUAAUGUAAUGAUGUUUUUUUUUUAGCAUAGGAGCCUACAUUAAUUUUAUACAUGCCUUAUUCAUCAGUGACAUUACACUAGCUAAUUAAUUAAAAAUAUCAAUAUAUUAUUUGUAUAAUAUUAUGUCAGUAAAUGUCUUUUGUUGCUAGUCUGCAAGCUUUUUCCUUUACUUUUUAUGUGUAAUGAUCAUUCCAGUGUGUACCUAGAGUAUUCAUAGAUGCCAACUUUUGUGUGACCAAGGUAACCGUAUCAGUAAAAGUUUUGAGUUCUAUUUUCUAAACAAAUUCUUAAGUCAUUUUGAUAAAUGUCAUUUUAGAGUAACAAUCUCUUGUGUAAAUAAAUAAAAGAAUUAAUUUAGAAGAAUA